GAAUACCCCACAAUGGCAGCAAACACAGACAGAAGACGGAACAAUGCACCCAGCGGGGGCACGCAUGCGCCAAUCUAUGCUCGGACCCUCAGAGAGCCAGAGUAUUUGCACACUCUGAGGCCGACCAGAACAAGAGGGCCGAACGAACUUCGCAGGAUCUUCUUGCAAACCUCCAUCAUACCCUCUGCGUCCGGCUCUGCAUACCUCGAAAUACCUUCUUCCUCCGCCGCUUCAUCCUCAACACUUAUUCCACCCACGUCUUCUCUCAAAAUCACCGCCUCGAUACAAGGGCCCAAGCCACUGCCCCGCAGCGCGCCGUUCAGUCCCUCCCUUCUCCUCACGACUACGGUCAAGUUUGCGCCCUUCGCGACACGGCAAAGGAGAGGCUACAUACGUGACAGCGCGGAGCGCGACCUCGGUGUUCACCUUGAAACCGCAUUGAGGGGUGUGAUCAUUGGGGAGCGCUGGCCAAAGAGCGGGGUCGAGGUCGUCGUCACGAUUCUUGAAGGAGAUGAGGAUGGCUGGUGGGGCGAUGCACACGCCAGUGGAAGUGGCUGGGGUCUGCUGAACGUCCUGGCAGGCUGUAUCACAGUUGCUAGCGCUGCAAUAACAGAUGCAGGGAUCGAUUGUGUGGAUAUGGUCUGCGGCGGCGUUGCAGCGAUGAUCCGAAACCCGGACUCCAAAGAUGAGCAGGACCUGGUGAGGAUACUGGAUCCUUGUCCGGCAGAACACAAGCAUAUCGUUGCAGCAUGCGCAGUAGGAUACCUGGCUUCAAGAGACGAGAUUACAGAGAUCUGGAUGAAGGGAGACAUUGGCUCUGAUCCAGAUGCUCUUAUUGAAGGUGCUACACAUGCCUCCGUUGGCAGCCUGGCGGUGGUUAAGGAAGUACUUCUCGAAGCCUUACAGGCGAAGUUUCAGAAUACGGUCGAAAAUGAUCAAAGCGCACAGAAGAGGAAGGCUCAAGAUGUGGAGAUGACAGGAUGAAGGGACUUCUAUACGCGGACAUGACCCAUUCAGCGAGCGUACAUCUGGUAGCGAGCGUCCUGUUUCUCAAUUGGCUUAGGACGAGACGAAACGCGCCUGCGUACGACGCAUGUCUAAGGCGUAUACCUUUGGAGCACCGCAGGGACGCAGGUUUGAGAUCAUCUGCUGAGGCACCUUCUAGGCGAUGCACAAGAAGUAGCCUUGGGUCACACUGCUUCAGAGCCUCAACGCCAAAGCUAUUGGAUGUCUGACCUACCACUUUGAUAUCCCUCAACGCAUAAACAACCAAAACGAAUACCAAAAGUUGUUGUUGAUGUGUAGGUCAUCAACGGCUCAGCUAAAAGCUACUCUUCUGAUGAGGUCUAUCGGUGAUAAUUGCCGCUUC